GAACUCGAUCGCAGCUUGACUAAUUACAUUUGUCUCUACUUUGUGCCAGAAUUUCAUAGUAAUCACGGUCAAUAAUGUGCUUUGAAUGGGCGUUGGUGUAUUUAAACAGACCAAAAGUCCGUAAUAACCAAGUCCGUCUACCCUCCCUCAUAUGUUCUUUCAUCAUCACCUACUACCUCAAGUCAUUCACAAACUUUCCAUCUACCAUUAGCUUUAGAUACGCAAUACACCGCCACCACAAUGUCAGAAAUUAAACCAAUCAAAGUGUUGGGAAUUCAUGGACCCAAUGCUGGAAAGGUCAUCCUCCUCUGCGAAGAGUUGGGAGUAUCUUAUGAGACAGAGAUCAUCCCUCUCACCGACGUCAAGAAUCCGAAGUAUGUCGCCAUCAACCCGAACGGACGGCUGCCCUCUAUCCAAGACCCAAACACAAACCUCACCCUCUGGGAGUCGGGCGCUAUCAUCGAGUACCUCACAGAGACCUACGACAAGGAUCACAAGCUUAGCUUUACUCCCGGUACAGCCGAGGCCUACCACGCUCGUCAAUGGCUCUUCUACCAGACGACCGGCCAGGGACCUUACUAUGGACAGGCGAUGUGGUUUAUCAUUUAUCAGCAACUUCCUGAAGCUCGGGAGCGCUAUGUUAAAGAGGUCAACCGUGUGACCGGUGUGCUGGAUGGACAUCUGGCUAAGCAGGAGCCUGAUGCGGAUGGAAAGGUUUGGUUCUUGGGUGGUCGGCUUUCGUACGUGGAUAUCGCGUUUUUUAUGUGGCAGCAUACAGCCGAGCCGCGAAUUCCAAACGAGGAAUUUAAUCAGGAUGAUUACCCGCAUGUUAAGAAGUGGGCUGAGAACAUGCUGGCGCGCCCGAGUGUGCAGAAGGUCUUGAAGCUCCAGGAGGCUAAAUAG